AUGAACCAUCAUAAAAAACAUACUCAUCGAAAAUCAUCAGCAUCAUCAACAUCAUCUGAAAAUAAUCUUUUACAAAAUAAUGAACAAUCAUUAUGUCGAACAUCACAAUCAUCAUCAUCAUCAUCUGGAUCUUCAGCAAAAAAAAAAUUAAUCUAUCCAAAUGUACCCAAACGAAUACAACAACAAUGUUCAACUAUUAAUGAACAUAAUGAUACAAUUCAAACAGAAUCCGAAAUUAUUAUUAUACCAACUGAAAUACAAUCACAAAAACGUGACACAUACUCAUCAAAUAUGUCAUCGUCCAAUCGAAAUGCUUAUGUUCGUCAUACUUUAGAUCUUAUCACAAAAUAUACUUCACCACAAAAACCAUUUUCAAAAGAGCCUCAUGAUCAGUCUUUAUCUUCUGUACAAAAUCGUGCUAAUAAUAUAAAUAAUAGUCAAUCUAUUAAUCAAUCAAAAUCUAAACGAACAUUAUCUCCUUUGAAUGAAACAAAUCAACAAAAUCAUGAAUCUAAACGAAAAAAAUCAUUUGAUAAUGAUGAUGAUGAUGAUGAUAAUGAUAAUGAUGAACUAUCUCAAUUUCUUGAUUAUCGAUGUCAUAAAAAAUUAUCAUCUCAAAAUGAUAAUACAACUAUUUCAUCUCAAACAACAACAACAACUGAUGGUGAACAAAGAAAACCUACUGUACGAAAACCAACCGUUAGAAAACUAAGUAUCAAUCAACAAAAACCAAUUGUAUCACAAAUAGUGCCAAUCGAACAACCUAUAGUAAACACGCCAACGGAAUCCGAUGAAAUACUUAUUAUUGAACCUGAUGUUGAUACAGAAGAAGAAAAUACAAUUGAUCGAGAAGGAAUAAUUUCAUUAGCUAAACAUUCUCAAAAUUCUAAUACAGAAUCCAAAGAUCAUUUAAAAAACUCAAAAUCUAAUCCAAUAAUACCAUCUCCUAUUCGACUUCCAAUCGAUAAUCAUAUUGAUUCAUUAAAUUCAACAAAUGAAAACCAUGUUUCUAUUACACCAAUCAAAAAUUCUAAUUCAAUAUAUUCACCAUCUAACAAUAUAUCAAAACAAAUUCUUAAUAAUUCAAUUAAUAAUUUUUCACCUGGUUCAAAUUUUGGAAGACGAAGAAGAUAUUCAUCAACAUCAACAACUUCAUUUCUAUAUGAUACACCAUGUUCAUCAUUUUCACGUACGACAACAAAUAAUACAAUAUUAAAUUCACAAAUUAAUAUAAACAAUGAAUGUGAAACUCAAACAUUAUUACCAACAAAUAUUGAUAUGAUUCAUCAAUUAAUAUUACAAAUGAAUUCAAAUAUUAAUGAAAAUGAAUAUAAUAUUGAUUAUAAUUCAAUGGAAAUUUCAAAAAAAUUAUUUCAUCAAUCUGCAUCAUUGUUUUCAACGAAUAAAUAUCAAACAAUACCUUCAUUAAUUAAAAAACAAUUUUUCAAUAUUGGUCGAUAUGAAAUUGAAGUUCCUUUUCCAAUGAAUAGUAAUAAAAUUCCAAUAAUUUAUGCAUGUGAUAUAUGUUUAAAACAUUUUCAUGGUAGUUCAAUUGCAUUUCAACGUCAUACUUCUAAAUGUUUAUCUAUUCAACCACCAGGUAAACUUGUUUAUAAUGAAAAUGAUUUAGCAAUAUUUGAAAUUGGUCAAACAAAAUUAAAUAUUGAACAACGUAUUUAUAUUAAAUCAUUAUGUCGUAUUGCUCGUUUAUUUAUUGAUUCAAAUAAAAAGAUCCAAUUUUAUCAGAAUGUCAGUUUCAAAUGGAGAAUUUAUGCAGUUGUCAUUAUUAUUUGUCAAGGAUUUAGAAUAUUGAGUAACAAAUUAUAUAAUCCUUUUCUCUAUCGUUUUAUUGGUUACUUUUCUAAACAAGCCAAUCAACAUGUUCAACCGUCCAUUAAUAAUUUAUCUUGUUUAUUCAUAUUGCCACCUUUUGCUCAACAUCAAGAAUACAAUCAAUUAUUAAUUGCUUUUAGCUAUUUUCUUAUUCGUUCAAAUGCUUCCGAAAAUCUGAUAUAUAGUUCACCUGCUCGUCCACUUGAUAUUACAUCGUUGUCUGCUUUUCGAAACUAUUGGUGUGAUAUUGUAUUGACUCAUAUAAUUAAUCAUAAUCAAUCGUCAAUUAAAACUAUUACACUUGAUAAUCUUGCACGUCAAACAUUUAUUCAUCCAAAAGAUAUUCUUUCAAGCUUAUAUUCUAAUGGUUUUAUUGUUCCACAUUCUAAUGAUAAAUCAUCUGUUUAUCUUCUUGAUUGUGCAUAUCAAUCGAUAUCAUCGAAAAAUUUACAUAUUAGAAAUAAAUCAUUAUUUAUGAAUAUGAAAUUGAUUAAUACUGAUGAUGAGAAGAAAAUUAUGAUUGACAAAAACAAUAAUGACAAAAAUCAUGAUAGUGGUAUAGAAGAAAUUGUUCUUGAUUGA